GUCGCCGGUCCACAAGUUGAACCUUGCCUCAGAAAUCAACGCACCGGAAGUGGCUAACCCACAUCCGUGUCUACUAGCUACUCACAGCUAAACGUCAACUAUUACAAUGUCUGAUUAACAGGCAGUUGUAUAAAUGAAAAUACGAUUAUGUGAGGGAAAAAAUAACCCCGGGACUCUUUGUUAAUCCAGAUCGUCACUAUGGCAGAUGUUUUUUUAAUGGAGGUGUGCGUGGACUCCGUGGAGUCUGCUGUCAAUGCGGAGCGAGGAGGUGCAGGUCGCCUUGAGCUGUGUUGUAGUCUUAUGGAAGGAGGACUCACUCCCAGUGUUGGCCUGCUGCAGGUGGUAAAACGGUACGUGAAAAUCCCAGUCUAUGUGAUGAUCCGGCCUCGUGGCGGCGACUUCCUUUACUCCGACCAGGAAGUGGAGGUGAUGAGGAAAGACAUGGAGGUGAUGAAGAACCAUGGAGCUGAUGGAUUUGUGCUGGGAGCCCUGACAGAGGAUGGGAGGGUGGAUGCAGAGCUGUGCAUGGAGUUUCUAGCUGCUGCCCGCCCUUUACCUGUGACCUUCCAUCGAGCUUUUGACAUGGUCCAUGAUGCAGCGGUUGCCCUGGAAACGCUGGUGUCGUUAGGUUUCCAGCGUGUGUUGACAAGUGGCUGUGACAACUCUGCGCUGGAGGGACUCCCCCUCAUUAAACGCCUUGUUGAUCAAGCUAAAGGUAGAAUUACCAUCAUGCCAGGUGGUGGGAUCACAGAGAGAAACCUGCAAAGAAUUUUAGAAGGAUCCGGGGCUCAAGAGUUUCACUGCUCUGCCCGCUCCAGCAGAGAUUCUGCAAUGAAGUUCAGGAACAACAGUGUGACAAUGGGAGCUUCUCUGUCAGCGCCUGAGUACAGCCUGAAGCAAGAAGAUGCCCAUUCAAGAACUAAAAAGGUACUUUACAUUUUUGGCCACGUCAGUAUGAGGUUUUUCAUAGCUUGCCACUUUGUCAGAACCUACGCUGGUGCAGUGGGACCUGGGUUCCUCCUGGUCCACGACAAUGCCCGACCUCAUGUGGCUAGUGUAUGCAGGUAGUUCCUGGAGGAUGAAGGAAUUGAUACCAUUGACUGGCCCCCACGUUCACCUGACCUAAACCCAAUAGAACACCUCUGGGACAUUAUGUUUAGGUCCAUACGGCGCCGCCAGGUUGCUCCUCAGACUGUCCAGGAGCUCACUGAUGCCCUGGUCCAGAUCUGGGAGGAGAUCCCGCAGGACAUCAUCCGUAGUCUCAUUAGGAACAUGCCCGUUGUCAGGCAUGCGUACAAGCACGUGGGGGCCACACAAACUACUGAGAAUCAUUUUGAAUUGCUACAAUGACAUUUUAGCUAAAUGGACCAGUGUGCUGCAUCAUUUUUUCACUUUCAUUUUUGGAGUGUCUUUGAUUUCCCCCCUCUAUAGGGUGAUCAUUUUCAUUUCUAUCAAAUUAUGUGGCAUCAUUUUGUUACUAAUACAUCACCCAAUUAUUAUCAGGAAAGAUUUUCAAGAUCAUUUUUCCCCCAGUUUAGAUCUGAUGUGUUUUCCAAGUGUUCCUUUAAUUUUUUUGAGCAGUGUAGUUAAUUUUCUUUGUAGCUGAUGAAUCUGUGGCUGACCCUCCCGAAGCAAAACAUUCUCUACCCAUUGAACCAGUGAUGUCACAAAACAAACAAAACCAUCCAUGGUCAAGGAAUGAAACACUGACAGGACAGAGUCCGUUGUUUGAUGUGCCGUCACUCCACAGCAACCUGUCAGGUCAUUCUACAACAUGACGGAAUCGUUAAGAAACAUAAAAUCACCGAGCCUUUUAGCAUUUUAUAUAUCCCUGAACAUUGUAGUUCAGUGACGUGAGCACUUGUGACACUUUGAAGAGUUGGUUGGGUUUUUUUUUUGAGCGGGCUUAGUCAUUGGUCUGGAUGAGAAAAGACUCAACAAAAAGGAUAGUUGUAUUUUAUAUUAAAUAACACUUUUUCAAACAUCUUAAGAACAUUAAUUAAUUAUUACAUUUGUAUAUUAAUAUGCUAAAUUAAUAUACAAAUAUUUUACAUUAUUAUAUAUUUUUUUACAUUUGAAAUAUAUUAUUAUUUUAUAUACAGUUUUAAUAGUUUUGAAUAAAAUGCUAUACAGUGUUACUCUCCAUCCAACAUUUUGACACAUAAAUUGUGGUCCCCUUAUAACCUUAUUCAACAGUCAAACACCAAAAAAAAUCUUGCCCCAAUAAAAUGCUCUUAUUUAGCAACAAUUUGAAAAUGUACUGUAUAUCAAGGUGAGAAUAUGCAUGUUCUGGCCAAACAAGUAAAUACCAUAUUGACCAAAAUAUAAGAUGACCCAGAAUUCCAGACAAAUCUAAAGAAAAAUAAAAUAUAAAAAUUAGACAUUUUUUAUCAUCUUUUCAGUAUCUGUGAUAUAAAAACUAUUAGACUGCACUAAAAGAGGAUAUCAUAUUUCUUAGUUGCUCAACAAUUGUUUGAGGGCUUUGCGUUAUUGAACAUCGUCAUUAUCUUAAAAUUAGCAUCAUAACUCCUGUGUUGUUUGAUAACAUGCUAACAAGCUUUGAGACAAUUCUUCCAGUGAGUCUCCAGGUCACAGGUGUGUGUGAGUGACAGGUAAAAAAAGCUUUCACUUACUAGGGGGAAUUCGUGCUGUCUGAUGGUAUGUAUAAGUCUCAAAUAUAAGACAAUGUGUCUUUUUGUGUUUUUUUUUUUUUUUUAAGGAAAACAGGGAUUUACACUGGUGUGAGAAAGUGUUUGCCCCCUUCCUGAUUUAUUUAUUUUUUUGCAUGUUUGUCCCGACAAUAACAUCCAAAGAACAGCAGGCCUCACUUGCCUCAGUUAAGGUGAGUGUUCAUGACUCCACCAUAAAAAGAGAUACUGGGCAAAAACGGCCUGCAUGGCAGAGUUCCAAAACGAAAACCACUGCUGAACAAAAAGAACACUCAGGCUUGUCUAAAUUUUUCCAGAAAGCAUUUCGAUGAUCCCCAAGACCUUUGGGAAAAUACUCUGGUCUUUUUGGAAGGUCUGUGUACAAUUACAUCUGGCACAUUUCAGAAAAAGAACAUCAUACCAACAGUAAAAUAUGGUGGUGGUAGUGUGAUGGUCUGGGGGGCUGUUUUGCUCAUUUGGGGCCUGGAAGACUUGCUGUGAUAAAUGGACCCAUGAAUUCUGCUGUCUACCAAAAUAUGAAGGAGAAUGUCCAACCAUCUGUUCAUGACCUCAAGCUGAAACCAACUUGGGUUCUA